GAGGAACCCUGGGAAGAAGAAUAGGAGCUGGAGAUCUCUGCAUGGAAACAUUUCUGAAUGCUUUGGAAAAAUUUCAGCAUUUAAGCUGGUUGAAGGAGCUGAUGUUUGAAUCCUGAGAGACAUAAGAGACGUAUUCAGUAUGUCCAGUCAAGUAGGAAAGCACACAGACCUUCACCACUGCUCAUACUGUGGGAAGAAUUUCACUCAGCCGAGCAGAUUACAGGCGCACCAACGCAUUCACACUGGAGAGAAACCUUUCCAGUGCUUAGAGUGUGAAAAGACUUUUAGUCAGAGCUUUCAUCUCAAACAGCAUCAGCGCCUCCACUCAGGAGAGAAGCCCUUUCAGUGCUUGGAGUGUGGAAAGAGCUUCAAUCGGAGCACCAAUUUCAAACUCCACCAACGCAUUCACACGGGAGAGAAACCAUUCGUCUGUUUACUCUGUGGAAGCAGAUUUACACACAAAUGUAACCUCAAAACACACCAACGCAUCCAUACAGGUGAAAAGCCGUAUCAGUGUUCACACUGCGGAAAGAGUUUUGCUGACAUGACUCAUUUCCAAAAACACAAACAGACCCACACGAUGGAAAAGUCGCAUCGCUGCUCACAGUGUGGGAAGAGUUUUGGUUUAGAGAGUGUCCUCCUCGAGCACAAGCGCAUCCACACAGGGGAACAACCGUAUCACUGUUCACAGUGCAAGAAGAGUUUUAAUCACGAGCGAUCCCUGCAGCGUCACCAGAGUAUUCACCGAGGAGAGAAGCCGUAUCACUGCUCACAGUGCGGCAAGAGUUUCAACCGGGAGUGUAAUUUCCAAACGCAUAAACGCAUUCACACAGGAGAGAAACCAUACAGCUGUUCAGAGUGCGGGAAGAGUUUUAUUCAUCGUAGCCACCUCAAAGUGCACCAGCGGAUUCACACUGGAGAGAAGCCGUAUCAGUGCUCACAGUGUGGGAAGAAUUUUUAUCGGAGAAGUCAUCUCAAUGUACAUCAGCGCAUUCACAUGGGAAAGUAGCCUUGUAGCUGUUUAGACUGUGGAGUUUUUGAUCAUCACCAUCAUCUCAAAACGCACCAGUGUGUUAAUGCAGGAGAAACAACCCUCAGAGAUUUACAUAGUGAAGUAUAAAUAAAGCAAAUGAGUUGUGUAGUGUAGCAAUGUAGCGCCAUCUGUAUUUAGUAUGUAAAUAUAGAGCAAUGUAGUCUUAAUGAUGUAACAGUGUAUUAACACUUUCCUGUGUGUAUAACUGCUUAGUAUUGGAUUUCCCUCUUUCAAUUUCUCACUGAAGACCAGUUAUGUGAUACAAAGUUUAUCAUUUAUUUUCAGAGACGAUUCAUCAAUGCAGAUCUGUAUAGAACUUUUAUAAAUAAACCACAACGAUUUGUUACAGAAGCUGAGCUCAGAUCAGUGUGUCGGUCGUUUACCUCUUCACCCAGCGCUGUGUCAGUGCACAGUGAAGGCACAUGAUCGCGUUGAGAAAAUGGAAUUAAAUGCUGCGCUACAAACUUUUGGAGGAUCCUGGACCAUCAAAAAAGUUCUGCUCCUGUUGUAAUUUGGGGGUUGAGUUCUGAACAUGCUGCUAGUUUGAUUUAGGCACAAACCUGAAUCAAUGAGAUUAUUAUUAUUAUUUAAUUAUUUUUUUUUUUUUUAUAGAAGUUCAGUUGAUUCUGUGAACAUUCAUUUCAUCACAAGUUGAUUAUGGAAGAAAAAUCAAGAUAAUAAAUGAAAUUUGUUGUAA